UUGUUUAUCAUUGUUUGCUUUUAGCCAUCCUUGAACCCUACCCAAAUUUUCUUUCGCAAAGCGCAAGUCGCGUCCAUUCGGGGUGUCGAUACUAUUUCGUCGACUGACUCCAUGCGGCAUGCGCUAACUUAUGUUACUUUGUCGCCGUUUACUUCCUCGAGUACACACCCCGAUUCGUGUUUACGCGCAACAAUUAACUGGCAGCCAGAUCCAUGGCAAAGCUGUAUCUCACUCGGGGCUUGCCAAUGUCACUGUGCAUAAUGCCUUGCCGGAGGCUGUGGACUUGGCGCCUAUGCUUCACCGUACUUCCCGUGUUGAGAAAGAGUUGUUGGAGAGAGUUACGUGCAUUUCAACAUGGUUACCUCCACAGAUGCCGAAGAAGUCUACACAAGUGGAGAAAAUGGUGGAAGUUCUACCCGACCCUUUUGCGGCCUAUGCGGAACUGCGAGCACAGGACAGAACGCUGGCCGCGUCUUUACCGCUCCCCAUUCUUGUCGCUCUCUCUGAGAAGGCCACAAAGUAUGGACUGUCGACUAUCGUGGAUGGUAUUGCUACAGACUUACUGGACGGGAUCAUCACCACCUCAAACCGCCAGCUCCGAGUCGCUACGGCGUUGCUGUCAGCGACACACCACGAUCCGCCCAUUCUUGACAAGCAGAAAAUUUACUCCCUCCUCAUCCUCCUUCGUCAAUUACACGCGCUUUCUGAAUUAAGUUCCGCGAAUAUCUCCACACUAGUCAAGCGUAUUGUCGACAACCCCAGCAUAGAUCCGUACGAUGCAAAGACCGCGGAUAUCCUCCUCCCUAUCUUCCACCAAUCCCUUACACACCAAUCCGCGCCAAAAGGUGCAAAGUCUAUGUCCUAUCGCCCUCCGGGCGAUGUUUUCAUAGCUUUUGGCCUGAUUCAUAAGUUGAUCAUAUUCGACCGAGACAGACACGCGCUCCGCCUCUUCCAGACUCUCACCGAGACCUGCCAUAUCCCAGUAGAAGCCUUCGCAGAAGUGUAUCAUACGUCUGCAAAGGACAACAAUUUUGCGUUUGUAGUCAGGUCGACAUUGGUCAGAGCCUGUCUCCACUGGGGCUGGUACCACCGUGCACUCGACAUCGUGGUCACUGCCAUCCGGACUCAGGUUUCCACUGAUAUUGCACUCACUGAACUGGCGCUUAGCACGCUACACCUUGCUCUGCAUAACGCAUCUCCCAAUCAUUUCAAGCACUGUACAUGGCUUACACGACAUCUCAUCAAUUCCGCCGGCAGUGUUAUCGUCCCAGAUAGCAUGGUUCGCCUAUUCUACGACAAAGCCAUGCACUUGCAAGAUGGUCCAUCUGCGGAAAUUUUCUACAAGGAUACACAAUCCCCAAGAGUCAUUCGGAGGAAGAAGUAUCCUAUUCCACGAGGAUAUUCAUUGACGUGGCUCAUGAACCAUCUUACGAUCGCCAGCCGCAACGUACACCUGGCUCGGACAUUAGCCAAGCAAGUUGUCGACGAGAUGGAGCCAAUACCAGUGCAAGACCGGGCUCAUUUCAUUGCUCUCACCGCAUCCCAUGGUUUCUCCUCCUCCGCACGUACAUUGUGGGAGCGUUAUUCUGUCGGAAAGGAUCGCGAAGCGGUCCUUGGCAAUGCUUCCUUGAUGCUUCGCAUGGUCAGCAUCUUUUCCAAGCUCAUAUAUCGCACCAAGGCCGAGAUAGAGGAGCCGGCGUCAAGUCAAGACGAGGCUAGCCCGAGCACAGCUUCGACGCUCGACGAGCGGCAGAAGCUGUUGGAGCACUUGCUCCAGUUCGUCGAACUGGUCGUUGGUGCUUUUCGCAUGUCUAAAGGCUCUCUAGAGGAAACAUCUCAUUAUGAUCUGAGCACACUGGCUCGUGCCUACAUUACGCUUGGGCGUGUUUCCGAAGGUCUGGACAUGCUUAAAGUUCUACUUCAGCGCUAUGAAAUCCCGGACCUCUACGAUAUUAACAUCGCACUAUCUGCCAUGGCUGAGCUUCAUCCAAAAAAGGCGGUGGGCAUCCUGAAAAAGAUGGUUGAACGAGGUAUACGCCCUGAUGCAGUGACAUUUGGAACCAUUAUUCAUCAUGCCAUCCUUCAUGGCGAGAUGAGGCUCGCUGGCUACCUGAUUGGUCGUGCCAAAGAGCUUGGUUGCGAGGAGCUGUCAGCCAAAACCACUGCUUCGCUUAUAAGGGCGAGUGUAAACGCGGACGGGGCUCCCAAGUCGAUUUUGAAGGAGAAUCUGCAGCGCGCCUGGGAAAUCAUUCAAUCAGGGGACAUCUCGAGCGUCGUGCACACGCCCAACACCGGGAAAUACUGCAUUUUUGCGUCACUCCGCCUUGAUGACCCCGUGAUGGCGUUCAAGUUCUGGGAGACGCUGGUAAAGGAGAAGACUGAAUGGGGAGAUAGGAAACAGGUGUUUCAACGACGGCUUAUUGCCGAUAUGAUCCAACGACAUUGCCAAGAGGGUGCGCUGAGUCGGAGUCGUGGUCGACAGAUGCUUGCUCAGUUGAGGGAGAGGAGGGUGCCUACAUAAUGACAACGAGCAGCUCAAAUUGCAAGGAGUAGCCGGAAUGACUAUCUUCCUUGGAUAUCGCUGGCUGCCACGCGACCAGAUGGUCAUAAACACAUAGGAAGCGCGAAUGACCGUAGUACUGUUAAUACGAUAUUUGCGUGGGUGUUGUCAAGC